AUGAAUGAAGCACAGCAUGUGGACAAAAGCUUCUGUAACACCGAGACACAAUCCGAUGAUCCGGCCGAUGUGGAUGAGGAGCUUUUCUGUCCCACUUUGUCCUCUGCUGCUUUGGCCCCUCUGGCCCUUGGAGCGUUCCUGGGGCCCAGCAGCGAUGUCCUCAAACAGGGCUAUCUGGGAAAGCAGGAGCAGAAGCACAGGAGGUAUUUUGUCCUGAGAGCAGGAAGUCACUCUGGACCCAGUCGACUUGAGUGGUACAAGACGCAGGACAAGUUCAGGGCAGAUGUUAAGUCUGCGGGCGACAAGGGGCUCUUUGGUUCUCACAGGCAAGGGGUGAUCUUCCUGAGGUGCUGUCUCGGCGUGAGUCUCAUCAGAAGCAGAAAUGACUUCAAAGUCGCCCUGUACGCCAAAGACCAAACCCUAGUGUUUGUGGGAAAGGACGAACAAGAACAACAGGAGUGGUACGCAGCUGUUCAGGAGCUGAUGGAGGAGGAGAUAAGAGACGGAGAAGGAGACCGCUUUGACGAUGAAGACGCCGGCUACUGCACUUUACCCCCGGUGUCUUUGUUCAAGCAGGUGUGGCCGGUCACUGUGACACCCAGAGGUCUCGGUCGCUCCAAAGCACUUUCAGGUGAGAUCCUUCUGUGUCUUACAGCAUCUGCUCUGGUCUUGGUCCGAGUGGGCCACGACCACGAGCUGCCCUCAGUCACACUGCCCCUGCUGGCCGUGCGGCGCUUUGGUCAUUUGGAAGGCUUAUUUUUUCUGGAGCUGGGCAGGGGUGCGCCUCAUGGACCUGGGGAGAUCUGGAUGCAGGCAAAAGAUGAAGGAAACCGCUCGUUGGCACAGUACAUUCACGAGGUCGUCAGAGAAGCAGUGCGGGCUCUCCGGAUCAUUUCAGACUUUAACUGGUUCUCUAGUCCCAAUAAGAGCAGUAGCUCACUCUCCCACAGUCUGUUUGACCCAAAGCGCAGCCGACCCAAACCGCGGGAGAAGCAGCAUCGAAGACAAAACAGUUGCCCUUCGCCGCGGGUCCUGCGUGAGAACCUUUAUGACUCCACCACCGAGGACAGUCUAGGAACAGACAGUGUGAGCCUGAGUCCUGUGAGAACACAACCCAGCUAUGACCCAGAGGCCGAAAGCUACGUGGAAAUGAAAAGUGAGAAUUCUCCGCUCGGUGAGAGGCCUCAGUACAUGCUGAUGUCCCCACAGCUCAGUCCCAGCCUCCACCAGGACGAGUACAUGUCUAUGAUCAGCCCACGGAAAAACACGUCCCUCUCUUUUCUGCAGACGUCAUGCAGCUCUGACUCAGAUGUCCAUGUCUUGACCCAGACUUCGCCCCCCUGGACUCUGUUCUCGGGCCAACAUUCGACCCCCAGCGCAGCGACGCCGUGGGCCACGUCUUCUCCGGUGACCAUGAGGCCCUUCGCUGCGUUUAGAAGAAGCUCUUUGGAAAUGUCUGCAGCAGAACCGUCUGUCAGGAAACGCAUCCUGUCCUGUCUCCCGUCGUGUCUACAGCCAGAAUGA